AUGGUGAAUGACGGCGCAUGGCGGUCGAAAAAGCGACCGCUGCCGGUUCCACUCCCCCUCGCCCCCGUCGCUCCUCGAGCCUCUGCCAACCAGGAAGAACCAGUCCGGACCAAUGCCGCGACCAACGGAAACAGAACAAGCAGUGCCAAGGCCCAUGCGAGGAAUUUGGCCAAGUUACAGAUGCAUCUUCCGAGAGAGGUGGUCUUCUUCGACCCGCGUCAGCGCGUGUAUCACUCGCACGUCAACCUCAGUGGCUGGCGCGUCACUGAUGCGUCGCUGCAGCAACUGCAGACGCCUUCGAUGCAGGACGGCAGCCAAACUGGGAAUAAUGUGGCCAAGUCUACGUUUCAUACUCUCACUGUGGAUGGCAGCGCCCACAUUUCCGUCAAAGGCUUGCGCAUUAUGCUCGAGGCAACAACAGAAGGAGGUGGUGGGAGUCUUCGUGUUCUUCGGUUGUCCCAAUGCCAGCUACUUUCUCGUGGAGGUGGCGAAAUACUCGAGGGCAGCAGUCUGCCGCGCUCGCUCAAGGAAUUGGACGUGUCGUCGUGUGAGUGGGUAGACGAUCGGUUUUUGCGUACUCUGGCGCGCCAUUGCUCCGUUCUCGAGCAGAUCUCACUCGCUCGAUGUCGUCGAGUGACGGACUACGGCGUCGCCGCCCUCGGUGAAAGUUACGCAGCGUCUCUCACGUCUCUAGACGUGAGCUUUUGCACCAAACUUACCGACACGGCGCUUCUUGCAUUACUGAUCGGUUCUUCGUCUGCUCAAGUGAUGCCAGGAGGAGCAGCGUCGGCGUCUUCAGCGUCGGCGCGAAUACGGGUAUUGAAUGUCGCUGGAUUACCGUUGGUUGAUGGUCUCACACUGCUUGGUCUGCGUGGUCCCUGUGCAUCUCGCCUCGAGUCGUUGGAUUUUUCAGGGUGUACUGUGCUCAGGGUUGCUGCAUUGGAGCGACUGGCACGAGUGCGUGCACUAACACGUCUGACCAGGUUGGAUCUAUCCCGGUGCUCGCUCGUGGAUGAUCAGGUUCUUUCCGCUUUGGGCAUGGCAUGCCCCCAGCUAGCCACACUGCAGCUUGCAUUCUGUUCCAGUAUCACGGAUGUUGGGAUUCGCCGUCUCGUGGGGGAGACAGCAAGUUUAUCAGCAGUGGGCACUGAAGACCAGCACGAUGAAGAAGUUAAUACUGGACAAACACCAACUCUAGGGGGCUACGACGAUCAGGAUGGCGAAGUCAUCGCCGGAAGUACUGGCGAGCGUGGCUGUCUAGAGCUGACAACUCUAGAUAUCACGGGGUGUUUCCAGGUCACAAGUCAAGGGAUCUCGGCACUUGGGGCUCGAUGCCCUCAACUGCAAUCCGUGACGCUUGACGGCGUGCGAAGACUUAACUCUUCCGGCGUUCGAGCGUUGAUGCGAGGGUGCUGUAAGUUGCGUGCUUUGCGAUGGAGCGGCAUCCUCGUCCGCAGUGGUCAAGACGAAGCCGCUGUCCCGGGGGCUUGUGCUGCUUUCUUCUCGAUUCCCCAUCUCAGCGAUGUCACAAUCGCCUCGUUAACCAGCGGCUCACUGAAGACACUACACAUUGGAACCACCGAGUGUGACGCGGACUCGUUGGCUGCAGCCCUGCUUCACGCCCGAAAAUUAUCAUCAUCGGUGCAGUCACUCACCGAUCUUGACGUGACAUCACUCGCCACAGACGCGCUUUGUGAAGCGCUAGGCUCUUGCUGUAUAAAUCUUCGUACACUUCGUCUCAGCCGAUCCCGAUAUUUUUCGCCGUCAAGCUUCCUCGCUGUACUUCGAGGCUGCUCCAAGCUGCGCGUACUCGAGUUGGAGAGCUGUGAACAAAUACGUGACGAAACACUGAUAGCAAUAAGCAGUACACCGUGCUGUCCGCACUUGGAAACACUGGUGCUUGCGAAUGACUGGCAACUCACAGACUCUGGCAUUGCCGCAUUAUUGCGUCCUGCCAUCAGUUUAUUCCGCCUUGAUGUGCGUCACUGCCCCGAGAUCUCAUUACCGGUCCUAAAGGCUCUAGCAGCGGCACGAGGACACAUUAGUGAAGCUACGCGUGAUGGUUUAACGCCGCGACAUCCGAACGUCGUAGCGUUCUUGCGUCGCGAACACAAAAGACGAGCGGCAGCGCGGAAAAUUACCCGGUGGCUGCGCUGCAAACUGGACGCCCGAGUCAGUGCCAAGUCCACAUUGGAGCGCGCUCUUGCAUACUUCAAGCGAUUGAAGAUUGAGGCAGCGCGCGUCCAGCGCUGGUAUCGGCACAAGUCAGCGCAGCGAAAACAACGUCGAAUGAUUGCCGAACUGCAACGUCUUCGGGCUGAGCAAUGCAAAACGAACUGGCGGUGGGUCGAAGCGCUCUGUGUGGUAAGCCGCCGGCUCCGUGUUUUCGUACGAGCGUUUGUUGCCGCUCGACAACGCGCAGCUUUUGAAAAGGCCGAGCAACUUCGUUUGUUGCGUGAAAAGGCUGCCACCAAUAUUCAACGUAUAGCUCGUGGAUGGUUGGGACGCCGAAGAGCGGUGGAGGCACGUCACGAACGAGAGCUGCUGCUUCAGCACCGAGAGCAUUCAGCCACUGACAUCCAGCGUGUAUUGCGAGGGCAUUUAUCGAGAAAAAGAACCGCAAAAGUGCGUCGUGAGUGUGAUACUAUGAUGCAGAAGAUGAUGAAGUUGGCUCAAGCCUACUUUUUGGCAGUCAUGCACAUCCAGCGGAUAGUACGAGGCUUUUUGGGCCGCCAAGAUGCAAAGCGUCGAGCUGUGGCUGCCUAUGAGCUGCUGCAACGGAAGAUCGCUCGAGCGAAGCAAAUUCAGAAAGCCUACCGAGCGCACCUGGCUCUGGUUGCGAUCCGCAAUAUGCUUUUCCGAGGAGCUACUGCACUGCAGAAGGUAUUCCGAGGCUUUCGCGGACGGCGAGAAGCGCGUGGAAUUAUAAUUGAACGCGCGUACGCAUGGCCGCCGCGUAUUCUCAUCUUGAUGAAAAACUCCAUCUUCACGCGCGAGUUGGCGAUUACUUGGAAGCACAAGCGCGAUGGGGGCAUGGUAAUUGCUGUAAUUCUGCAACGAAGAUACCGAGGCUUUUGUGGCCGGCGUGAAGCACGCUUGGUUCUAGCACGAAAGCGGCAACGCUGGUAUUUGGAGGACACGGGGGCGAGGACAAUUCAGCAUUUCUUCCGCAGCAUCAUAAUUCUGGUACGGCUUGCAAGGUUUGAGGCGUUACUAUGUCUGCGGCGACGCAGUGCAACUAAAAUUCAAGCUACAUGGCGAAUGUGGCUGGCUAAGGCGCUGGCAACCGCACGGCGGCUACGAAAUGACCGUCGACGACAGCACGCUGCAACGAUGGAGGCAAUCGCUUCUCGGCAGCAGGAUCGUCGGUUGUUCCUUCAUCGAGGGGCGGUGCACUCGCUUGUGGUCCUCUACCGCGCGUCACUAACAGCCCGUGGGUGGCAAACGCCGACAUACAUCAGGAUGCUUCAUCGUUCAGCAACUCGGAUCCAGGCGCUGGUUCGGGGUCACUUCGGUCGAAUCUACGCGAAUUGGUUUCGAGAUGAGCUCACGCGCGCAGCAGCAAUGGUACAGCGAGUGUGGCGAGGCAAACUGGGUAAGAAGAUGUGGCGCGCACUGAUGGAGGAGCGACAGCAGCUACGUCGAGUGCAGGGAGAAGGCGAUCGAGCAGCUCUCAUCGCGCAGAAGCUAACCGCACAUUAUGCUCUGGACGCCCUCGAGCGUGAGACGCAGCAUGCUAUCGUACUGCAGCGCUGGUUCCAGACGUUGAAGAACCGGCAGAUUUUCCGAGAGGCUCGCGAGCUCCGAGCUCGUGAGGCGCAAGCGCGUGCAAAGGACAAAGUCACUGAAUUGCUUCGUCUCUUUACUGGGAGCGUUGUGUUCCAGGCUCGAGUGUGGCGCGACUGCGCUGAUCGUAAAGCAGAACUACAAGCCCUUGAAGAAGACGAGUGCGUUGCUAUGGAGAAGGAGAUCGAGCAGCUGAAAGACGCAUGCAUUGAAGCUCAUGCCGGGUCUACGCAGGCCAGUAGAGAGCUAGUCGAGUUGACCAAACGCAAAAGUGAGUUCGAACGCUCUCGAACUCGAAGAAAGCGAGCCACCGAGGCAGUCAAACAGCGCAUUCAGCCUUUUGCAGUGCAAGCCAAGCAGCUCACAGUCGAGAGUGCGCGCGAACUGAAUGCCAACCGGCAGCUUCAGAUGGAGUUGCGGCGAGUGCGCACCGAGUUACGAAAGUUCCACACGAACUUGCGUGGUCGCUUGGUAAUGGAGCCGUUGUUGCUGACCGGAGAUGUGGAGUCACUGCUGGCGGGGCUAACUGGUCAGGACAUGUCCGAUGAUGAAGACGAGCAGAGCUGA